AUGAGCUUCUGGUCGGAACCGUCCGGCUCAGUUCCCAUUAUGGAAAAGCGCCAAACUUCGAGUUCGUCGCCGGUGCUGUCCCAACUGCUCCAGUCGAGCGAGUACAGCGACUUCACUCUGGUUUGCCAGGGGCAAGAAUUUCAUUUACACAAGAAUGUCGUCUGUGUCCAAUCGCCAAUGAUCAAUGCGGCGCUGCGGGGGGAGUUCAAGGAAUCCAAGACAAACACAGUGAAUGCCGACCAAUUUGAUCCCUUGAUCAUGCAGUGUGUCGUGGACUUUUGGUACAAGGAAAACUACAGACCCCAUAGGCCUACGACGGUAAAGAAGGAGCAUCGACGUACGGAGAAACAUACGAAACCAGCGAAGAGUGAAAUUGAAAAGCCGAAGAGUAAUUCGUCUGUGCCGAAGAUCGAGAUAGAGUCGUUUCUUCACCAUGUCCGUGUCAACGCCGCUGCUGAUUACUAUCAAGUCACCAAGCUCAAGGAGCUCUCCAGAGCCAAACUGCAACACCUGCUUCGGAGCCACUGGCGCCUCGAGAUGUUUCCUACUCUGGUCCAAACCAUCCAUGGAAUGACGGGCGACGAGGAGGUAUACAACUUGCUCGCCCUGUUCGCCGUCAGGCAUAUGAACGAGCUCACAGAUUUGCCGGAAGUCGCCGAGCUGGACUGGGGCACCGAAUUCACUCUGCGUGUUUUGCGCUGCUGCGGGAGGAACAUGAGCCUGCUGAGCUCUGGACUUCGCAAGAGCCAUGACGACUGUACCAGACAGGCGCAGAUUCUGGACAACAUCGAUAGGUCAUGUUGGAGAAGACGAAUUGUGGCCACGCUUAUCACAUUCGAUGUCGCGGCUGUCGAGAUCUUCUUCCGAAUUAGCAUCGCCGGUGUAACCGUGACCACUGUGUGA